UUCUUCUAGACUCGCAUCAGCCUAAAUUGAGUUCAAAACCUCAGAACGCGAUUUUCUUCUCCUUCCCCAAUUCAUUUCCUCUGACGCGGCUCCCAAAUCUCUCCUUCUCUCUGUUGUAACUCGAAGUUUCAGUUGCUUUGUGGCCUGGCCGCUGGAGGUCCCUAAUUUGCUCUGGUGAUCCCGUCUGCGCCCUGCAAUUUGUUGGAAUCACUCAUUUUUUAGCAUAUCUUAUCAUACUGUAUUUCAAUCUAUAAUAGAAAAUCAUGCCCAAGGUGAAGACUAACCGGGUAAAGUACCCAGAGGGAUGGGAGUUGAUUGAACCUACUCUACGGGAACUACAAGCAAAGAUGAGAGAAGCUGAGAAUGAUCCUCAUGAUGGAAAAAGGAAGUGUGAGGCCUUGUGGCCUAUUUUCAAAAUAGCCCAUCAGAAGAGUCGAUACAUCUUUGACCUUUAUCAUAGGAGGAAGGAGAUCUCAAAAGAAUUAUAUGAGUUCUGCAUGGAUCAGGGAUAUGCAGAUCGUAAUUUAAUCGCAAAGUGGAAAAAGCCUGGUUAUGAAAGGCUGUGUUGCUUGAGGUGCAUGCAGCCUCGGGACCAUAACUUUCAAACUACUUGUGUUUGCCGAGUGCCCAAGCAUUUGCGAGAGGAGAAAGUUAUAGAAUGUGUGCAUUGCGGUUGCAGGGGUUGUGCAAGUGGAGAUUAAGGAGUGCAUUUCAACCAGCAAGUUGAAGCUGAAUGUAUCUGUAUCAUGCAUUUUAACUGAUGAUGUCAAAGAGGCUUCACAUCUUCUGGACAAAGGAGCUUUGAAUGCUAUUUGUUGACUCUGUUGUGCAAGCUCAUGAACUCAAAGUCAUGCCUGCUUUUUCCAUAUCUCUUUACAACUUACUGUAUCCGUAUGGCAAUAUAACGAACAUGGCUGUUCUUGUAUCUAAUUCAUGACGGGAUUGCAGAAUUUUUACAUGCACUUUCCUUAAUGACAUAGUCAGGGGGCAAAGAUUUUAAAGGUACUCAGUUUUGUGGGUAUCAACAUAACUGAUCUUUUGCCUACAUUUGUAAACAGUUCUCACUCUUCAAUCUCAAUUUUGUUUAAGCGAUCGACAAA